AUGGCAGUAUUGCCUGAGAACAAUGUGAUGAGAUACUGCUCACUAGUGGCUACCAUCAUUGGGAUUGCUCUCACAGCCACAUCGUUAUUCACAGAUCAUUGGAUUGACGUCGAAGUGAUUAAUCCAAAAGGUCACAAUCUCUAUUUACAUCGUGGUCUGAUGCAAUGGGUCUGCAUAAACCAAAAAGACAUCAGCGAUCGCCAUUGUAUCGCCAAAUAUCCGCUGUACCCGGGAUGGCUGAAAUCAGUUUUCGCAUGCAUGUGCAUCGGUCUGGGUACACAAAGUCUUCUUUGUAUCUGUGCUAUAAUUUCACUGUUCAUGAAACGCGGAAAAAUGUACAUUUCGGUUGUGUGCACUGCUUUGUCGUUCACUAGCUUUCUUCUGAUCACGAUAUCAAUUGGGAUCUUUAGCGGACAAGCGAAACCUGUAUAUUUUGAAACCUACGUAUACAAGGGUCUUACCGUAUUCUGCCACCUCGGAUGGUCCUACUGGCUCAGCGUGGGUGUAAUCAUCAUCUCAAUCCUAUGCACAUCACUUGAGACCGUCCAAAUCUUCCUCAACAGCAAUAUGGGAUACACUUCAUCCACCCUUCCUCCAGAAGCAAUGGCCACUUGGAAAUACACAAUGUAA